UCUAUUUUAGUUGAUGUUAUACUUGAAGUGUCCAUUUGUCUAGCGAGUCUUGUCUGAAUUUGAGAUUUCAAUAAUCGAUAUCAACAAUGAAGUUUCUCGUGUUGGUUGCGAUCUUUGCCGUUGCUUUGGCCGAAGAAGAUUUGGAACAGGCGAUCGCUGAUCCUCAGAAAUUGCAAAGCUUCGUCGAUUGCUUCCUUGACCGGGCACCAUGCUCGCCGGGACCAGCUAAUUUCAAAGAAAUGACACCCAAAGCUGUUGCAAGCAAUUGCGCAAACUGCACACCGGCUCAGAAGCAUUUAGCUAAUUUAUUCUUCACGAAGUUACAACAAAACUUACCCCAGGAAUACGACAACUUCGUACAAAAAUACGAUCCUAAAGGUGAAUACAUGGAUGCUUUCCUCAAAAGCGUACAAGGGGCCUAAAGAUAACAUUUUUAACAUUUCUCUUUACAAUAUACAUGCAAUAAUAAACGUUUUCAGUCAAUA